AUGAUGACACGUUCCAGAGACCUUGAGAAAGCAAUCCAUCCAACGGUUUCCAGUCCAUCCAGUACCAAAUCUCGGGACGAGCAUGGAGACUGCAACGGCGAAAACCCGGAGAUAUCGUCCCCAACUGUCGACCGUAUCAAUGACCGUCUAGUGCGUUUAAACAACCAGCACGGGGCAAUAUGGGCCUCGCCAACAGAUUCGUCCGAUCCUUACAACUGGCAGCCUUUGCGCAAGUUCAUCAUUGGAACGAUAUUCUCCUUCGGCCAAUUGAUUCCCAUCAUGUCUGCAAGUAUGAUUGCGCCGUCGCUUCCCGCCAUCGCUUCGGAUCUCGCUAUUAGCGCUUCUACAGCCCAAAUUACCAUGUCGGUAUUCUUCCUUGGUAUGGCCUUUGCGCCGUUCUUGAUAGCGAGUGCUAGUGAGGUAUGGGGGAGGAAGCCGGUUUGGAUAAUUUGUAAUGCCUGGUAUGUGGUUUGGAACGCGCUGUGUCCAGUCGGCAGAAACACGGGGUUGAUGAUAGUUGGGAGGUUUAUGGCUGGAGCCGGGGCGAGUGUUGGCGUCACGUUGAACGGUCCAGUGAUGGCGGAUAUGUAUGGCGAGAAUGAGCGAGGCAAAUCUCUGGCCAUGGUGUCCUUGCUUCCCUUUCUUGGCCCUGCUCUCGGACCGAUUGUUGGUGGACUGGUUACCCAUUCCAUACAUUGGUCAUGGAUAUUCUGGAUUAUGAGCAUCUUCAACGCCGUCAUCUUGAUUCUUGGCUUCGUCUGGAUUCGCGAAUCAUACACACCGGUCUUGCUACGUCGCAAAGCGUUAGCCGAAGGUGGUAACGUCCCGACCGCCAAAGCUGAACGUGUUCGCAUUGCGCAGCACCUCCUGCGUCCAGUCCGAAUUCUAAUGGAAAGGCCUAUUAUCUGGCUCAAUGCACUGACCGCAACAUUGUCCUUCGCUGUCUACACCCUCAUGCUCUCGACAUAUGCGUCGCUAUGGAUCGAGAAGUAUGGUCAAUCUGAGUUUGUCAGCAGCUUGCACUACAUGUCGAUUGCGAUAGGCGCAACAAUUUGUGGCCAAUUAGGUGGUCGCAUAAUGGACUGUUCGUAUCGAUAUUUGAUCAAGCGAACUGGUAGUAAAGGUGUUCCCGAGUUCCGCAUCCCCUACAUGGUUCCGGGGAUGAUCAUCAUGCCAGCCGGACUUUUCUGGUAUGGAUGGUCGGCUGAACGCACACUCCACUGGAUAAUGGUUGACGUCGGAGUUAUCAUCUUCACACUUGGGAGCUUCAUCGUGAAUCAAGCGACCAUUGCAUACAUGAUCGAGGAGUUCGGCCAAUUCGCAGCUUCCGCUGGUGCAGGUGUUCGCUCAGUUUCGUAUGGUCUUGCCUUCGUGUUCCCGAUCUUUGCGCCCAACCUAUACAACACUCUGGGAUAUGGAUGGGGUAACAGUACGUUAGCCUUUGUUACGGUUGGUUUAGGAUUGCCGGCGUGUGCAGUCCUGUGGUGGUGGGGCGAUAGGAUAAGAGCUCUCGGCAGGUCAACGUGA